CCUGAGCGAGCAAAGAUAUAUUCUGAGCACACAAGGAGAGAUUUUGAGCACAGAAAAACAUAUUUUGCAAGCACAUCAAUUAUAUUUCAAAAAGAAAUUACACUUGAGCAAACAAAAACAUAUUCUGUGUGCACAAACAGGCCGCUGCGCUCGCUCGCUCCCCCCAUCCUGCUCUCGCUCAACAUCUCUCGCUCUGCGCGUACAGGUUUGGUCUCUCCGCUCGCUCAGCUUGGCACACACGUUAUAAAUGUGCCACAAAAUCAACCAAUCAGAGACCUGGCGGAAGUACGUCCUGAUUGGCUGUUUGCUCUCCAAUUGGAUCGCUGGUUACUGUAACCCGGAAAAAACAAAGGAGGUCGCAUCAGAUGGGCUCGGACCAUGGCUCGGACUGGAUGAAGAGGACGUUUUUAAAACAAUUUUCGAUCUUUUCCAGGAUAUUUCAAGUCAAACUUCAACCGUGGUAAAAAGAGGUGUUUGACUGCCACCAAGCAUCAUCUUAAGAUAACUAGUAAGACAACUGCUCUCAAUUUUUAUCUGCUGCCAAAAAAUACAACCCACACACCAUUGCCAGUAGAGGAGCUUGAACUCCUUCAAGCGGGCAUGGGGAGACAAAUGGUGAGCCUCCCUGAAGAUGGUGACCACACAGAGAUUUCAAGGCUCCUGGCUGACACAUUUCCAAAAAUGGAGGGUCUGUAUGGAGGGUGGCUCUUGCAUAAGGCUACAGGUGGGAGUGGUAGACGAAAACUCACUGUCAUUCCACCAGAGGCAGAGGGAUAUACUGCCAAAGCUCUGCGAGCUGUGUCAGCAGGUGGCAAAGCCACUUUUUACAUAGUCCCGCUUCAGGAGACAUUGGACACCUCUCCUCUUCCUCCUGACUCUCAGCACUUCUCAAAAAUGCCAAAGAAGACAUGUUACCAGUGUAAUGAAUUGAUGCCUUUGCAGAUGCUUGCAGUGCACAUUAAGACAUGCAAGGGGAAACUGUCUAAUGAUGAUGAUGAUGAUGAGUCCUCUGAUGGCGUAUGGGUUGUGGAGAACAAGUGUAAGGUGGUUUGUCCAAUUUGCACCAAAGAAUUCCCAGAUGAUGAGAUCACAGUCCAUGCUAGUGUAUGUGGAGAGAGCUUUGAAUGUACAGUGACUUCUGCACCAAAUGACAAUAGUCCAAGAACAGCUGCUCAAACUCCAGUAUCCAAACCAAAAAGUGUGGAGGAUGUACUGCUCUUCCUUACACACCAAAUUGACACCACAACAGAAUUUAAGCUGUGUGUGGACAGAGAAGACCUUCUUGACAGGGGCAUUCUCCAAUGGAAAAGGAAGAAAACUGCAUCUCCUGCCAGUGCUCUGAAGGUGGUCUUCAUAGGAGAGGCAGGCAUUGAUACAGGAGCACUAAGAAAAGAGUUUCUCACUGAAAUUAUUUCAGGUAUUGAAAACAGAUUCUUUGAAGGAGCUGGGAACCAGGGUAAAAAUCCCAAGUACUCUUUGACAGACCUUGACAAUGGCAAUUUUAGAACUAUUGGCGAAAUAAUGGCAGUCAGCCUUGCACAAGGUGGCCCACCUCCUGCUUUUUUGAAAGAGUGGUGCUACAACUUCCUCUGCACAGGAGAGAUUGACUUUCACAGUCUGUCAAAGGAGGAUGUGGCUGAUCUAGAAUCCUGUCUACUCAUCAGCAGGGUCAAAGAUUCCACAGAUGUUCAGUCUCUGAUGAUGUAUGCUGAUGAAAUUGUCAGCUGUGGAUACACCAGCCAGAUCAAACUGGACAGCAAGGAAAGCAUCAUUCGAGCAAUUGUCCUACAUUCCACAACAAGACUGAUUCCAAUGCUGCAGCAACUGAGAAAGGGCAUGGAACUGUAUGGCCUGGUGGACCAGAUGAUGUCAAACCCUGCAGCUUGCCACUCCUUGUUUGUUCCUGGGAAGAUCACCAAACCUGAUGCUGACUUCAUGAUGAUGAACUGCCAGCCACAUUACUGUGAAAAGGGCACAUCUAAGGAAAGAGCUGAGAGGAAGAUUAUCAACUUCCUCCAAGAUUUCUUAGAAGAGCUUGAAAUGCCAGAUGGGGAGACAGACAGUGCAGCUGGUGACACAGAACCUCUUGCAGUGCCACAUGUGCUCCAGUGGAUGACCGGGCAAUCCCACAUCCCCAUCCUCCCUGAUGAAAAGAGACAUUUCAAAAUAACAUGCAACUUUGACCAUGAAUGCAGGGAAAGGCUUGGAGACCACUCGGUUUGUUACCCAAUAGUGAGUGCAUGCACUCAGACUGUGACUUUUCCAGUACAGCAUCUUAGCACUUACACUGAGUUUAGAAGAAUCCUGAGUGAAGCAGUACGAUAUGGUGGUGGAUUCCACAGAGUUUAA